CAGAAGGUGUGUGUGGCUUAUUGCAGAGACACACAGAAGGCAGUUGCAUCUGCAGAGCUGAGAACAACUGGAUCUUGUUCACACUCAGGCAGAGGAAGACUCCUAGGGUGAGGUCACACCUCCUUCCAGCCUGACGGAAACAAGGAGCUGACGUGAGAUCUCUGAGACCCUGCUGCUGCCAUCAUGAGCUCAGAAAACCUCGGAGACCGCUUAGAUAUUGAGAUCUUCUUUGAGGAUGUCGCUGAGUGUCUCUGGGACAUACUCAGCAGAGAGGAACUGCUUCUCCUGCUGACUGAAUUCCUGAGGAAAAUUGAGGCGCAGUCUGGUUUGUCCAGGGAAGACAUGAAUGCACUACACGAAUAUCUGAAUGAAUUGAAAAGAGACUUGGCUGAGAAGGACCAGGAAAUGCUCCCAAAAGAGCAGCUGGACAGGAGGAGGUUUCUGAAGAAGUUUCCUCGGGUGACGCAGCAGCUGGUGGAUCUCAUAAGCAAGCUCCGGGAGCUUGCAGACAAUGUAGACAAAGUCCACAGGGACUGUACCAUCUCCAAUGUGGUGACCCACAGCACUGGCGCUUUAUCUGGCGUUCUGACCAUCCUUGGCCUGGCUCUGGCACCCGUGACAGCCGGGGCCAGUAUGGCACUCUCAGUCACUGGGAUAGGGCUGGGAGCAGCGAGUGCUGUGACCGCUAUGUCCACCAGCAUCGUGGAACAUGUAAGUAGGUCAUAAGCAGAAAACAAAGCCAGUCAAUUGAUGUCAAUUGCUGUCAAGAAAUGGAAGGUGCUCCUAGAGGUACUCAAGAGCAACCCCCACGUUGUUGUCACAACAGAGAAAUUGGCAAAAGCUGAGAAACACCUUGAAAGAAAUAUCCAUGCCAUGGAGACAGGCGAAGCCAACCCUGACUCUGCAGCCAAUGCAAACAUCCUCGUGAGCCCUGGGAGAAUCUCAGCCCCAGCCAUCCAGCAGGUAGAGGCAGCUUUCAAAGGCACGGCUUCGGCAGUUACCAAAGGAGCCCGGAUCGUGGGUGCGGCCACUGCAGGCGUCUUCCUCCUGGUGGAUGUGGGCUUCCUGGUGAAGGAGUCAAUGCACCUGCAUGACGGUGCAAAGACGGCAUCAGCUGAAAACCUGCGGCAGCGGGCCGGGGAGCUGGAGCGGAAGCUGGAGGAGCUCACCCAGAUCUAUAAGCAUCUGCAAGAGGACCCAACUCCACCGCCCCCAGAGCACUGAGGGUCCAGAGACACAUUCCGGGUCAAGGUGCAGAAGCACCUUGUUAGGGGAAAAAGGAGAGUGAGACAAAAUUGUUGGAGCUGAAGGUUAGGAAAUUGGCAUUUCUGCA